AUGCCAAAGACCUUCUCCACGGCGAGGAAGACCGUGAUCGUCUGCCUCGCUUCCUGGAUCACCAUCCUCGUCUGCAUGUGCGCUUCGGGGUUCAGCACGGGCGCUCAUGUGAUCAGGGACGAGUUUGGGUUGAUCGAGCUGGAAGGCAUGGAGAAGGAGAGCGGGCACAGUAACGAGUGGGUCUGGGGGACUUUUGGAGGGUUGGGGUUGUACCUCCUCGGAUUCGCGUUUGGUCCGAUGUUGCUCGCUCCGGCUUCCGAAGUAUGGGGCAGGAGACCCGUCUACCUGGUCUCCUGGUUCUUGUUUUGCCUUUGCCAGAUCCCGAUCGCCCUCGCACACAACUUUUCGCUGGUCGCCGCCUUUAGGUUCUUUUCCGGAUUCGUCGGAUCCGCCCCCCUGAGCAAUGUGGCCGGUACCAUCACCGAUCUUAUCCCAACCGCAAAGUCCGGCUAUGCCAUCGCCCUCUAUGCGCUCGCCUCGGUCAUCGGUCCUGCCCUCGGGUCCGUCAUGGGAGGGUAUCCGGUAGAGAAGCUGGGCUGGAGGUGGUUGUACUGGAUCUACGCGAUCGUCUUUGGAGCCCAUAUCAUCGUCAUCUGGGCAUUUAUGCCCGAGACGAGGGAGAACAUCGUCCUCAAAGUCAAGGUCCGCCAUAUUCGCAAGACGUAUCCGGACGUAGCUUCCAACUGCUAUGCUGCAUCCGAGAUCACGACGAUUUCCGGCAAGCAACUCUUGAAGGCGUCCCUGACCCGGCCAUACAUCUUCUUGUUCACCGAGCCGAUUACCUAUCUGAGCGGAGCCGUCAAUGCCUUUGCUCUGGGCAUGAUCUUCCUCUCCAACGAAGCGUUCCCUCUCAUCUUCGGGAGAGGUAACGGUGGUCACCUUUGGACUUCGUACGGCGCCAUCAACUUGACGUUCUUGAGCUAUGUCGUCGGGUCUCUACUAGCAUUCGCCUGCCAGCCUCUCCAGCAACGAGCGUACAUGCGAUCGGUCGCCGCUUCGCCCAACGGCAUCGCCUCCCCAGAAGUCCGCUGGUGGUUCAGUCGUUUUGCCGUACCCCUCCUGCCCAUCGGUCUUCAGCUGGCCGCCUGGACCUCGGACGCCGAUACUUUUUGGAUUGUACCCCUCAUCGGAUUUGCCAUGUUCGGGUUUGCCUUCUUUUCGGUCAUCGUCAGCAUCUUUGCCUACAUGAUGGACUCGUACAAGUCGUUCUCGGCGAGUGCCAUGUCCGGCGUAGUACUCUCGAGGAACCUGGUGUGUGCUUUCCUGCCGCUGGCCGCGCGUCCGAUGUUCAAGACGCUGGGCAACAAUUGGGCUCUUUUCACAUUGUCCCUGGUAUCUUGCUUGUUGGUGCCGAUCCCUUGGUUCCUCUACUACAAGGGCAAGGCGAUCCGACAGAAGAGUCCCUUUUGCCGACAGCACAUGGAGGAUUAG